GAGGUGAAAAUUAUAAAAGUAAGCAGAUUUACUAGAUUUCAAGAAAUGAAAUUGUAGAUAUUCUAGUGAAUUUCCUCACUUUUGUAUUUUUCACUUCGUUUCGAUAAACCGUAAUAGUCUCAAGAACCGUAACAACUCCCUAGCAAUUAGUUAUAGUAGUAUUACGUGGCGUUAUUAGUAUUUUAUUGGCCUAUAUAUGCGUCAAAUAAUUACAAAGAAGAUCAAAGAUCAAAUGUGUGACACAAGAUGAUCGUAAAGAAACUAUUCCGAGGAAUUUCGCGCUUUCAACAUGCUCUAUUGCAGGUGAAACAAUAUAACACUAUGACAAACGAACCGCAAUUUCUAGGAAUCAACAAUGUUUUUACCAAUAAAAUCCAGUUUGUCAAUAAAGAAAGUUAUGAAUCUAUUCCAAUAUACAGGAUUUUGGAACCUACACAGAUGGCUGAAUUACCCAAAGAUGAAAAGUUAAACGAGACAAAUAUGAUCAAAAUGUACUGCAAUAUGAUGGUCAUAAGCGAGAUGGAUAAGAUCUUAUACGAGUCGCAAAGGCAAGGUCGCAUCUCAUUUUACAUGACAAACACUGGUGAAGAGGCUGUGCAAAUUGGUUCCGCUGCUGCUUUGACUCUAGAAGAUAUGAUUUACGCACAAUAUCGUGAAGCUGGUGUCUUGUUGCACCGUGGAUAUCCAUUAUUGAAGUUUAUGAAUCAAUGUUACGGCAACUGCGAGGAUGAGGGCAAAGGCAGGCAAAUGCCAGUGCACUAUGGUUCUAAAGAGUUCAAUUUCGUGACUAUAUCAUCUCCAUUAGCAACCCAACUACCACAAGCUGCAGGAGCUGCUUACGCCUUUAAAUUCGAUAAAAGGAACGCAUGUGUGGUUUGUUACUUUGGCGAGGGUGCGGCGAGCGAAGGUGACGCUCAUGCGGCAUUCAAUUUUGCAGCUACUUUAUCAUGUCCCAUCAUCUUCAUUUGUCGUAAUAACGGAUAUGCCAUUUCCACACCUGUCUUUGAACAAUUUAAAGGAGAUGGUAUUGCAAGUAAAGGUCCAUCAUAUGGAAUUGACACAAUCAGAGUACAUGGUAACGACGUGCUCGCCAUGUAUUAUGCCACAAAAAGUGCUCGAGACUUCUGCAUAAAGGAACAAAAACCCAUUUUAAUAGAAGCCAUGACUUAUAGACUCGGACACCACAGCACAUCAGAUGAUUCUACGGCUUAUCGAUCGAUCGAUGAGAUCGCUCGAUGGAACAUUCACACGCCACUUGCCAAGUUCCGUUUCUAUCUAGAGUCACUUGGAUUAUGGUGUCAAAAAAGGGAGCAAGAAUUAAUAAAUUCUACUAAGAAAGAAAUCCUUUCUGUUUUGAAAGAAGCAGAAAAAAAGUCCAAGCCACAUUGGAAAGAAUUAUUUACAGAUGUCUACAAGGAAAUUCCUGAUCAUAUCAGGAAACAAAUGAAUCUGAUGGAAAAACAUCUAGAAGAAUUCAAAGAACAUUAUCCAUUAAGUUCUUUUACACUUAAGAAGUAAAAAAAGAAAAUUUAUCUGUUAUACACAAAUGAUAUUAUUUUAUACAUUUAUUUUAAUGAUAAAGUUUUAAACCAUUAACCUACUGUACAAGAAGAUUCUUUAAAGACUCUUUGUCUCCUACUUCUAUUGCUUUAUAUUAUCUGCAAUUUCUUUAUAUUUUUCCAUUCUGUAUUCUUUCUUUGCUGCAUCAAGCAGUAAAUUGUGAAGUAAAUUUCGUUCAUGUGGGUUA